AUGGCGGCUGCUAUAUCCUCGGCAGCCGCAGCCGCAGCCGCAGCCGCAGCUACGCUCCGCCUCCUGAAACCGUUGCGCGCCGCCGCUCCUCUUGUUUUUCCUCUAUUCAGCAACCUCAGACUCAGCCACCACCAUUCCGCCGAUUCAUUGCUUCUCUUGGCCAUAUCGCCCCACCAACGCAGUUGCAGCUCCGUAGUAGUCUCUGCCACCACUUCCUCCGGAGAGGCUACGAAGCCUCAGGCCGUCGUGCUGGGAAACGGGGCGAAAAUCCGGGAGUUCCGUAAGAAAUUCAAGAUUGUUGACAUUAAAAGCGGGGCCGAUGAGGGGUUGAAUCGAUUGGGGGAGACUCUUGUGGUUAGAGGAUGGGUUCGAACGCUAAGAGCUCAGAGCAGUGUCGCGUUUAUUGAGGUUAAUGAUGGCUCGUGCCUUUCGAAUAUGCAAUGCGUGUUGAGUCCUGAUGCCGAAGGUUAUGAUCAGGUAGAGAGUGGUUUGAUUUCAACUGGUGCUUCAGUAUGGAUACAAGGUACUAUAGUGGCCAGUCAAGGGUCAAAGCAAAAAGUAGAAUUGAAGGUUGACAAACUUGUAGUGGUUGGCAAGAGUGACCCCUCUUUCCCUAUACAGAAAAAACGGGUCACCCGAGAGUUUUUAAGAACUAAGGCUCAUCUUCGUCCACGAACAAAUACUUUUGGUGCGGUUUCAAGGGUGAGAAACGCUCUGGCCUACGCAACACACAAAUUCUUUCAAGAAAAUGGUUUUGUUUGGCUCUCAAGUCCUGUCAUUACUGCUUCAGAUUGUGAAGGAGCUGGUGAACAGUUUUGUGUUACGACCUUGGUUCCAAACACCAGGGAAACUGCAGAUUCUCCUGUGAGUAACAUCCCCAAAACAAAGGAUGGUUUAGUUGAUUGGUCCCAGGACUUUUUCGGAAAACCAGCAUUUCUGACAGUAUCUGGGCAGUUGAAUGCUGAAACUUAUGCCACUGCUCUUACUGAUGUCUAUACUUUUGGCCCCACAUUUAGAGCCGAAAAUUCCCAUACUUCUCGGCACUUAGCUGAAUUUUGGAUGAUAGAACCAGAGCUUGCAUUCGCUGAUUUAGAAGAUGACAUGGCUUGUGCAACAGCAUAUCUCCAGUAUGUAGUACAAUACAUUCUUGAUAACUGCAAAGAAGAUAUGGAUUUCUUCAAUACUUGGAUUGAAAAGGGAAUUGUCAACCGACUAAGUGAAGUUGUAGAGAAAAGCUUCGUGCAAUUGACAUACACUGAUGCAGUUGAACUUCUUCUGAAAUCGAGGAAAAAGUUUGAAUUCCCGGUAGUAACCUGGGGAUGUGAUUUGCAAAGUGAGCAUGAACGCUAUAUCACAGAAGAGGUGUUCAGUGGAUGCCCUGUUAUUAUAAGAGAUUAUCCAAAGGAUAUCAAAGCAUUUUACAUGCGGCAAAAUGAUGAUGGAAAGACUGUUGCAGCCAUGGAUAUGUUGGUUCCUCGGGUUGGAGAACUUAUUGGUGGAAGUCAAAGGGAAGAGCGGCUUGAUUACUUGGAACAAAGGUUGGAUGAUUUGAAGCUCAACAAAGAGAGCUAUUGGUGGUAUCUUGAUCUGCGGCGUUAUGGUUCGGUUCCCCAUGCUGGAUUUGGAUUGGGUUUUGAAAGGCUUGUACAAUUUGCGACUGGAAUAGACAAUAUAAGAGAUGCGAUUCCUUUCCCUCGAGCACCUGGAAAAACCUCAACACUAUCAUCUUCGCCGCCGCCGCCGACGAGAAAAUCAGCUACCAUGGUGAAGUACUCGAGGGAGCCCGACAAUCCCACCAAAUCCUGCAAGGCUCGGGGAUCCGAUCUCAGGGUUCAUUUCAAGAACACUAGAGAGACUGCACAUGCAAUCAGGAAGUUGCCUCUUGUUAAGGCCAAGAGAUACUUAGAGGAUGUGCUUGCCCACAAGCAGGCAAUCCCCUUUACCCGUUUCUGUGGAGGUGUUGGUAGAACUGCACAGGCAAAGAACAGGCACUCUAAUGGUCAGGGACGUUGGCCCGUGAAAUCUGCCAAGUUUAUCUUGGAUUUGCUCAAGAAUGCCGAAAGCAAUGCCGAGGUGAAAGGUUUGGAUGUGGAUGCACUCUUUAUUUCCCACAUUCAAGUUAACCAGGCCCAGAAGCAAAGGCGCCGCACAUAUCGUGCUCAUGGACGAAUCAAUCCUAAUGUCUUGUUCUGUGUGUUGUGA